ACAGUCUGCUCCCACGAGUGACGUAGCGCAGUAUAGAAUGCAGAACGUAACAGAAUCGUAAUCGGAGCCGCAUAGCAUACCGCUAAUUAGAAGAUAGAUGCCCUUUUCAUUUAAUCGUAUCUAGCUGCGAUCGCUUAAACCGGCGCCAAUUGUAUUCAAAGUUCCGUAACCGAAAGCUUUCACCUAGAGUUCUUGCCGUGGGGUUAUUAAACUCAGAACUGCCGGUCAGAGAAAAGGAGACUUUGUGUGACAGAUGACGAAUACGAUAACCACUCUUCGGAUUUGCCAGGCUGUGUCGCUAAAUCCUAGCGCGAAUGGGCCGGAACCAGUAUUGCCACCUUCCUCCAGGAUUUGUCUGAUGGGUUGCCAGGAUGUAAAGCCCAAUGAUCUGCGUCGUUUUCCAGUCCACGAUACCGAUCGCUGCAAUCAUUGGCUGCGUCACUUUGGCGUCAGCUAUAAACUGGUGGAUCAACUCGGCGGCCUCCAAAAGCUGCGCAUCUGCUCCAGACACUUUAGCCAACGCCAGGAGAUGGCCAAAACCCGCAUCAAGAUGACGCCGCUGCGCAAGUCCUCGUCCUCCAAGGGCAUUGUGCUACCCAUUAAUGCCGCUGGAGGGUCGGUCAUUGCAGGCGCCUUAGCAGGAGGAGGAGGUGCAGGAACUGGGAGCGGUGCUGUCAAGUCGGCGGUGGCCAGCAGCACCACCAUUGAACUUGUUGAGAGCCCCAAUAGACAUCAGGCCAAGAAGCCCAACACCGGCAUUAUGCCCAUGCCACAGCGUUCCCACUCCAUUAGCUCCUCGGCCUCCAGCGAUGUGCUGUCCAUAAACUCCGACUACGAAGCCUCGUUACCACUAUCAGCCUUAGAGGAUUCCCAGAAUGGACUGAACCGCUUGGAGAACGGUCAAGCCAAGAAGAGGAAACUGUACGUGAUCACCGAAAAAUCGGAUGAGACGAAAGGUCAGACUCUGGAGACAAAUGGACAGCCCAAGAAGCGUAAGAUGUUCGUGGUUGUGGAGCAGGAUAAAGAUGUGGCGGGCAAGAAACUAAUGAUUAUGGCCGACAAGCCGCAGACCAAUCUUACCCAGCAUUUGGAGAAACUACUGCCCGAGCUAUUGAAUCGCAUACAGGACAAAGAACAGAAGCAGAUCAAACCAGCUCCAGUGGUGACUAAAGCCAAGCCGGUGGUUAACAAUCCCAGACCACAUAUAACAUUGCCGCCCAAAAAGAAUCCAACUAAUUUUGCAAAGAUCACGUCCACACCAAGCUCAGUGCCUUCAUCCAUUCAGAUGCCACUGCCAAUUCAGAAUACCAAGAUCCUAAAGUCCGAGAAUUCGGAACUGACAAUGAAUUCGGAUGAGAUCGAGACGAACAUAAAUCUAUCGCCCGACUUCCGCUUCCUAAUGAAAAUCCUACCCAAAUUGGAACAGCUGCCCGAGCCCCACAAGCAGAACGUGAAGCGUUCCAUCCAGAUCUUCGUGGAGAAGAGCUACAGUAUUUACGGCAACAAGGAUUAGUUAUCAGUAUUUUCGGGCACAGCGUUUAUUUUCCAUUUCAUGUGAAGCAGUUCCCUUUAUUUUCGUACAUACACAUACAUACAUCAAAGGCAUUUCAUAACUUUGUGUAAGACUGAAGCAGAACCAAUUUAAUUUCUAAGCCAAUUGUAAGAGCUGAAGCAGCUCCCCAUUUAGACAUGUAAGCUUAUCAGAAAUUUGAUAUUACCCACCUGGAGAUGGGUAGAUUUUGUAAAAGUUGAGCCAUAAAAACGAAUUAAGAUUGAAUUUCUUUCUAUAUUGAAUAUAUGAAAGCUUGAUUUAAGCCAGAAAGAU